AUGGACUUCGAGGCUUCCGGCGCUCAAGAAUGGGCACUUCCCGGUUACGGACGGCCUGAAUCCCAGAAUAACCGUCCUGAGCCGGAGAAUUCAAAGAUGCAAAAUGCUACAAAGACCAUUCCGAGCACUGCUUCAGCGUCCGUCAGAGGAACAGCUCGACCUCCCAGAGCACGUUGCACCAUCCGUGGUAGACGAGGUUCCACCACGCCCCAAGCUCAUCUUCCGGGAGAGACGCCUGCAAAAGCGCAAUGGAGAAAUGGCAAGGAGCCAGCAGGAAUAUUCAAGCUUCCAGGUCCUUUUAAGGAGAUUCGAGAUGCCGGUUCCUCUAGACGCCCUUUCGGACAGCAGGGACGCAACGAUGUCUUUGACGACAUUUGCCGAAAGACUGGAGCUUACAUAUGUCCACCCGCCGGCGAUCAAGAGGCAAUUCGUCUCUGGGGGGGGCCAUAUCAGGUAUCUCAGGCCAUCGAGCUCAUUCAAAGCAUCUUUGCGAGAUGUGAGUCACUCGCCUUACCUAAGGAAAGGAAAUGGACCAGGACCACCGCCUAUUCUGUCGGUAAGGAGGAGCUUGCGGAUCAGCUUGAACUAGAAGACGCCCUGCUUCAAGCAUAUCGUAAGGAUCCUGGUCCCAACGUUACAUGCUUCGAGAAGCUCUUGUUCUUGUGGCCGAAGGAGGGUCCCUCACUGAAGAACGCCCUUGGCGCAGAGCUCGAAGCUCUUGAUCCUAUUCGUGUCAGAUUUGAGUGUCACUUGUUCGUUCUUGACGACCUGCCUGACCACAUCUGUGUUGUCGGCUACGCCCAGGGCAAGACAGGUCUUAUCGUUCAGCUCCUGCGUAACAAGUGGGCUGAGAUUAUGGCAAACAGUCUUGUCAGAUCUAAGCUCUACCUGGUUGAGCCUUUCGAGUCAGGCCAGGGUGAAGUCUCUGCGAGAAGGGAGGGAGGACUGACUCGUGCAGCUUUUCGGGCAAAUUCGUUGAACGAUACCGACAUGCAAAUUUGGGCGGACCGAGCUGAGCUGAUCCGGUCGAAGAACAAUGCUCGUCUCCUCAAUGUGGUCGACAGAUUCUUGAAGGGUGUGAUCUACGUGCGUGGUCAUCUCCGCAUGCGAGUCAAUCUCGGAUUAUUCGUGCUCGAUAGAUACCGUGUGCCGUCCGAGGGUAAACCCGCUUGGAGCUUUGAGGAAUUAUGGGAAAUGCUGCUCCACGAAAAUACCAAGGGCCGUUUAGUACCAGGUCUGAAAAUUGACAAGACCCAGCUGCUUCCCAGACUGCUUGCUGCCAGCGACCUCCUUCAGCCGUAUGACCGUACAGAGGACUCGCUGAGACAACCAGAGCCAGCAUUUUCCGUCAACUUCGAGUUCACUGGUCAGCAGAAUUCUCUCCUGCGUUUGGAGGCCGAGUUCGCCAAGUGUCCUGGAGCACACGAUUAUGGAAUGAUUCACAGCCGUUGGCUUAAACCGCGCAAGGUCGGACAUGUCCAGGACUCGCGCUCACCUCUGCAGGUGGGAGUUAUUGACUUCGAAAGGUCCGAUUGGCAGCUUGAAGUCGCGUCGCUCGAGUUCUAUGAAGCGUCUGCAGUCGAGAAGGCUUUGCGGGAGUUCUCUCAGACAAUCAAGUUCAAGCCCAACGAUGCAAUGAGUGAUAUCUCGGCCACCCCUACUCGCAAAGUUCUCUUUCACUCUUCGGCGCCAGUCUUCCGGUUCAUCGAGAAGACCUCUAUUCGUUACCGUCUGAAGGGUACUAGGUAUAUCCUAGAGAUAGCCCGCUACGACGAGUACACACGCAAGUCUGCCAUCGGUCCAGCUUCCUUGAAUCUAGCAGCAACUUUUGAAGAAAAACCUCGCAUUUCAUGGGGAGCAUCAAUCUUUGAUUUUGCCUGGGACAACUUGCUUGGAAAGCAUGCCAAUAUGUCUGUUGGACAGACAGCGAGAUAUGACCCGACUCUUCAGACUUUUUUCCCAGCCUCGAUCGAGACAGACGACAAAUCCCAGGGGCUCUGGGAAUUCGUGGCUUUGGUCAAGCGAGUUGCAGCUGUCCUCGGGUCUGGGCCGCCAGCCACCGUCAAAAGCACCGUAACUUCAAAGGAAGCCAACGGCCGUUCGGCGAGCCCGGCGUCGAGCGGCAAUGCUAGGGCUCUAGAUGCGGACCUCGGAACUUUGUUCUAGGGUAGGCUUACCGCUAUCUGCAUUGGAAAGCUACGAUUUCUUUUCGAUUUGCUGCUUCAAAUUAUGGCGAUGAAUGUAUUGAUGCCAUUGUUUCCUUCUGUGUUUCUGUACCUAAUUGUGGCCACCUGAUUAACCUGCACCGGCAGUGGCAGUGGCGGAGGACGCAGCACCCUCGGUAAGUAGCUUCUGUCUCAGAGCUGGUUAUCGAGUGGUUAGUUUCGGUAUUGGCAGUUUUGUUAUGCAAUAAUGACUUCUCGGGCGUUGCUUGCAGGAUGAGGUGAUUAGAGACGGGCAACAACAUACCAUCUUCGAA